AUGACAAAGAAGAACGCGAACAAGUUCUCGAAAGAGGAGGAGAUCCUGCUCAACUCGUUUUCACCCGAGCUCUCUAAAAAGGGGUCCGCGCUUUUCGUCGUCAACUCGCUGGUGAGCUCGCUCGCGCCCAUCUUUCUCUUCUAUGGAGUGCAUCAAUUGGAGGUGGACGAAGCGUGGAUGGUUUGGACGGCCACGGUGCUCAUAUCGACCUAUCUGUUGACGAUGGCGGCGAAGAAUGAAAAGCACAAGCUCAAACACAAAUUGGUGCAGAAGAGGACACAAGCCAUCGAGCGGGAAAUCAACAAGAAAUACGCGGAUGACAAGAAAAUGACUCGAAAGGAGAAAGACGAGCGGGCUCUCUUCCGACGCAACGAGGUGGCCGACAAUGAGUCGACGUGGCUGUCGAUCUUCUACAACAACAUGAUGUUCUUCGGAAUCUUCAUCAUUCUAGCCUUUUUCUUCUUCGCCAAUGUGAGUCCGCUCAUCAAUUCGGUUGUGUCAAUCAUCAGCGCCGCCGGAUUCGUCGCCUUCAUCUCGACGGCCAAGAAU